AGAAAUUUAACUUAGUAGUAGUUAAUAGAUUUACUAUAUAGACAUAUAAAGCAAAUACCAUGGCUAGAGGUGGAUUAAAACAACAGUUGAAGCAUAAACAAGCCGUUGACUUGGUUGAUAAGUCCAGGUCUAAACCUGUUGUGAAGAAGACUGUAGAACAAGCUUUAGAAGAAGAAGAAGAAAUCGAAGAACAACCAGUUGAGAUUAAGGAAGUUAAACCAAAGAAAGAAAAAAAGAGUAAAACCAAUGGUGACUACGUAAGCGAUGCAUUAUCGAAGAAGGAAUUAAGACAAUUAAAGAAAUUGAAUGCUCAGAUCGAACAAGCAGAAGCUGAAGAACAACAAGAAGAGGAAGAAGAAGAGGAAGAAGAAGAUGAUGAUGAGGAAGAAGAAGAACUCGAUUUGGAAAGAUUAGCUGCCAGUGACAGUGAAAGUGAUCUCAAUGAUGAAGAAGAAGAUGAUGAAGAUGAAGAUGACGAAGAAGAAGAAGAUGAUGAAGAAGAAAACGAUGAAGAGGAACAAGAAGAUGUUCCAUUAUCAGACGUUGAAGUUGACUCCGACUCAGAUAUUGUUCCUCAUACCAAAUUAACUAUAAAUAAUACAUCUGCAUUAAGAGAUUCAUUAGCUCGUAUUGAAUUACCAUGGGCUAAACAUUCCUUUAUUGAACAUCAAAGUGUAAUAAGUGCUGAACCAACAGAAAGCUCAAUUAAAGAUAUCUAUGAUGAUACUGAAAGAGAAUUAGCAUUUUAUAAACAAGGGUUAGACGCUGUUCAACAAGCCAAAGCAACUUUAUUAAAAUUAAAGGUUCCAUUUUCAAGACCAUUGGAUUAUUUUGCAGAAAUGAUUAAAAGUGAUGAACAUAUGGAUAAAUUAAAGAAUAAAUUAUUAAGUGAAGCUGCUGAUAAGAAAGCUUCCGAAGAUGCCAAGAGACAAAGACAAUUAAAGAAAUUUGGUAAACAAGUCCAACAUGCAACUUUACAAGAAAGAGCUAAACAAAAGAGAGAUACUUUAGAUAAGAUUAAAUCAUUAAAGAAAAAGAGAAGUGCUAAUGAAAUAAGUAAUGAUGAUGAUUUCCAAAUUGCUUUAGAAGAAGCCACUCGUGAAAAUGAUAAUCGUGAAAAUAAAAGAAGAAAACCAAAUUCUAAAAGAUUAGCAAAAGAUUCUAAAUAUGGAUUUGGAGGUAAAAAGAGAGGUAGUAGAGAAAAUGAUGCAUCUUCAUCAGCUGAUGUUAGUGGAUUUUCUGCUAGUAGAAUGAAAGGUAAAGGUGGUAAAUCUAGUAGACCAGGUAAGAGUAAACGUAGUAGAAGACAUUAAAUAAUUGUUUCUGUACUGUAAAUUAGAUCUAAUUUUUAUAUAUACGUAUAUACAUAUAUUUUGCAUCCAGUAGUGCUACUAGACAAAAAAGAAUUUAAGCGCGAGCCGCACCACCUCAAAAUAUAAACGGUCG